CGGUGAUGGUGGCUAACGUAAACAAAACUUAAAAUUAUAAAUCAUUUAAAUAUGUUUACUGAUAUAGCACUCGAAGCAGUAACAUUUAAAUCAAACUGGAAGAAAGAAAGAUCGUUGGCCAGUAGUGGAUGUCAGACUGCUGAUCUUGUGUAUGAAGAAGUGGCAUGUCAAUCAGUAAAAUACAAAACUGUGAAGACCCAGACUGAGGAUGACAGUGAUAAGUUUACAGGCUUUGCAAAGGAUGAUUCUGGAAGACUGGCAGAAUUUUUGCAGCGAGUCGAACCUGUUAUGCGUAAACAGCUAGAAAUGAACUUAAAAAGCCAUGCCUUUGAUGAUUAUGAGGUGUCUUGGGAUGAAGGAUCAUCCACAAUGUCAACUAUCCACAAGCUCACCAAUGCCGCACACGAGGGACAGUUUCAGAUUACAGGCUUGUCUUGGAACUCAACAGGGGCAGUAAUAGCGGCUUCCUAUGGGAGAUUUGAUCAUGAAGACUGGUGUACUCAUAAAACAUCUCUCUGCACGUGGAAUUUAGAACGACGCAAUCUUGAUGAAAACAAACCAGACACAACUCUUGAGGUAUCGAGUUGUUUGAUGUGUACAGCAUUCCACCCCACAAACCCAGCCCUGAUAGCUGGAGGAACUUAUAAUGGUGUUGUGAUUGUGUGGGACUUGAGUCGUGAUGAUGACAUGGUGUUGACGUCUUCAGGACUUGGUGAUGACUCGCACAGGGAACCAGUUUCUAAGGUCAUAUGGGCAUCAGACACAUCAUCACUUAAAAAGAACAAAUACUUGCUUGUCAGUGUAAGCAGUGAUGGUAAAAUGCUCGUUUGGAAAAUGGACAGGAAGACAAAGCAGAUAGAACUGCAUGAUGGUUUUGUUUUGAUGAACAUGAAUCUCCCCACACAAUUACGUAAAUCCCGAAGCAUGCGAAGCGACAAGGAGGUGGGCGUGACCUGUAUCUCGUACAAUGCCGAGAACAAGGAGAGUUUUGUGAUUGGCUCGGAGCCCGGGGCAGUGUUUAAAUGUUCCAUGUCAGCACGUGGAGAACCAGCAGGGAGUAAUAUUAUAUCAUCUGUCCAGCUUAGAUCUCCAGUGACUUUCACAUACGCCUAUCACUACGGACCUGUGUAUUCAGCAGAGUUCUCUCCCUUCCAUAGGAAUGCUUUUCUAACCUGUUCCAUGGACCAGACAUUACGUCUGUAUAAUAUGCUUCAGAAACAGCCAAUAAUGACCAUUGAACCAGGGGAGGGGGUGAUUUAUUCCGUGAAGUGGUCAUUCAGUCGUCCAGCCCUGUUUGCGGCCACUACAGACACUGGUCUGUUACUACUGUAUGACCUGAACCAGAAUCAACCAGUCCCUGUGUAUAAGCUGGAGGCUGGCGGGCAGAUAGGGAACAUUAAGGCACCUGUACUUACCUGUCAGUUCAACCCUCAUCAACACAAUUUGAUUGCUACAGGAGAUUCCACAGGAUGUAUACAAAUUUUCCGGAUCAGUGAUAAUUUGAAGACACCUGUAUCACGUGAUUUGGAGGUUUUAAGUGACUUGGUUGAUAUAACUUCGGAAUCUUAACUUCUAUGAAUUUAGGAGACUGUGAUAUAUGUACCUACAAAUUAUCCUAUAGCUAAAUUGUCAAUAAAAUCCGUCCAAUACAAAGAUUUA